AUGCCGCUAUUACUGGAGGACAUACCCCGACACGUGGAUGAAGAAGGCGUGCGGCGCGGUAGCACCGUUUGCCGACGCGUCGUACUCCCGUUGCCGGUGAGCACAGCCCCCAACAAAAUCCCGCCGCUGCCCAAACGGCCCCUGAUCAUUACCGAGCACGUGUUGGCUCGGCUCACGACCGCACUUCUCAAGAAAAGAGAGUCUGCCACGUAUGUGGCCCGACCUCAGAUGCGCCUUCAGCUACGACGCCAGUUGCGUUCAGUACUGACCAACCGCCGCGACAUGAACGAGGGUAAGUCGGCUGCGGCCACGGUGGUUCCUGUCCUUCCGUUGGCCUCCAAGUCAGUGGUUGACAAAGACUCGUCGUGCGACGCUGCGGAGGCCCAGCGGUGGUCACAAGGUGCCUUGGGCCAGUAUCUAGCUCCAAGCGUGACCAAGGCGUGGUGUGCACUGCGUUCGAUGGCAACGAGCGUGACCAAGGUGGUCAUUGUGGUUUAG